AUGGCAAUUUUUGAAAUUAUUUUUACUUUGUUCUUGUUUGCAAUAAUACCCAGCAUUGCCCAAGUAGAUGCAACUUUUUCCAAAAGCAUGUAUAUUACAUGGGGUGCUCAACAUGCAUCACUUCAGGGUGAUGAUCUCCAACUUGUGUUGGAUAAAACUUCAGGAUCUGCAGCACAAACAAAGAUACCAUUCUUAUUCGGAACUAUUGAAUCAAGAAUCAAACUAGUGUCUAAUAAUUCAGCAGGAACAGUUACAGCUUACUAUCUAUCUUCGACCGGAAACCAACACGAUGAGAUAGAUUUUGAGUUCUUAGGAAACAUUUCAGGGCAACCUUAUACUAUCCAUACAAAUGUAUACACACAAGGAAAUGGAAGCAAAGAGCAACAGUUUCAUCUUUGGUUUGACCCUUCUACUGAUUUUCACAACUAUACUAUUCAUUGGAACCCUACUGAAAUUGUGUGGUAUAUUGAUAGCAUCCCAAUUAGGGUUUUCAGAAACUAUGAAAAUGAAGGCAUUGCAUACCCUAACAAACAAGGCAUGAAGGUUUACACAAGUUUAUGGAAUGCAGAUGAUUGGGCGACUAGAGGUGGACUUGUUAAAACGGAUUGGAGUAAUGCACCAUUUACAGCUAAAUUUAAUCAUUUUAGAGCAAGAGCUUGCAAGUGGAAUGGAAUGGUGAGUAUUAGUCAGUGUUCUUCAAAUAUUGCUGCAAAUUGGUGGACUUUACCAGCAUACAAACAAUUGGGAUAUGCUCGAUUGGGGCAGAUGAAUUGGGUUAGGGAAAACUAUAUGAUCUAUGAUUAUUGUGGUGAUACUAAGAGAUUUAAUGGACAAAUGCCUCCGGAAUGUUUCAAGGCACAAUUCUAA